UAUAGUUUAUCGCUUUGUCAUGUUUUCCUUUGUGCUAUCGCGACUUCCUUAUUCCUCCUACUCUUUCUCUCUUUUUCUCUCUCUCUCUGCUCUUGUUUAGAUUGCAUGUUCUAACAAACCCAAAUCGUUCGUGCUGGUAUCGCGCGCGAAGACGUCGCCAUGCGCGAUCGUACGUUUUCGUGGCUCGUUAUCGGCCAGUAGAUAACGCUGCAAGCCGACGCUCAGCAUUGGCAUCGGCAAUCGGUGUGCUAGCUGGAAGUGCGAAGGUGCGCGCAAAGUCGCUCGUGAAACUACCAUCUGCGCCCGGGAGGAGCCAACGCGAGGCAAAAUGGCGGCCACGCAUCUAGACGUCGGCCUCCGCUGCAUCAAGUACCUGCUCUGCGCGGUCAACUCUCUCUUCGUGUUGACAGGAGUGAUGAUAAUAUCGGUUGGUACGACGAUCUAUGCUGUUUAUGAAAACUUCUCGCAUUUUCUGGAUCCGAGUUAUUUCUCACCAGCCACACUUUUGAUUGUGGUUGGAAUACUUAUCUUCAUAAUUGCCUUUAUGGGAUGUUGUGGUGCACUCAGGGAAAGCACUUGCAUGGUUCUUGUGUUUGCUGUCUUACUGUCAUUUGUAUUGCUACUGGAACUUGCCGCCGCCAUUGCUGCAUAUGCCCUGCAGGAUAGUAUCAAGGAUCUUCUAGCUGAGAAGAUCAAUUUAACGAUGCAUCAAUACGAAAAGAACGAGGAAGCCAAGUUUGCAAUCGAUUUUAUGCAGUCUAGGGUAAGACGAUCACUACAUAAGAUCUGUGUUUUUAUUGUACUGAACCACUAAGAUUUUCCCUCUUGC